GUUUUACUUCUAUGAUUUUCCACGUAAAGAAGAAUUAAGAAGGGUAGCUCUGAAGAUGCGGAUGUAUAGAAUACAACGCCUUUGUAGUCGAUCGUUUUAUAGUACAUCAACUGUAAUGGAUUUUCGGCCUCGUUUGCAGAUUCUUCCCAGCCGGAAGAGUCUGUUUGAUGAGCCGCUGCAAAUAAAAGUGGACGGUCUUAUUCCAGAGCAGCGUGUGGAGCUGAAAGCUAAGCUAAUUGAUGACAGAGGCGUACUUUUUAAGUCAUCUGCCGAAUAUAGCGCAGACUUCAGCGGUACUGUUGAUUUAGGAACCUCUGGUUCUCUGGGUGGCAGCUAUACAGGCAUUGAACCUAUGGGACUGUUCUGGUCUAUGACGCCAGAAAAACCCUGCUCCAGACUUAUGAUUAAGGACGCAUCGAGGUCUCUUCUGGUUAAUAUCGAAGUAAUUAAUGCCACGGAUUUGGGACACGCACUUGCAAGUGAGACUGUGGAAAGAGGAUUCAUGGUGGAAGGAACUCGCAGGUCACCCGUAAAAGUUGGAAGAAUACGGGGAACCUUGUUUGUACCACCUGGACCUGGUCCAUUCCCAGGGGUUCUUGAUUUGUACACAUUCGGUGGUGGCUUGACAGAGGUGCGGGGAAGCCUGCUGGCAAACAAAGGCUUUGUGGUUUUGUGUCUGGCGUACUACAAUUAUGCCGAUUUGCCCAAGUCUGUCAGCCAUUUUGAUCUGGAAUACUUUGAAGAAGCCCUGACGUUCCUCCGGAGUCAGCCUGAGAAGAUCCAAGAUGAUGCUAACAACCUGGAAGAUGUUGAAGAUGAAGCUGCUGCAGUUUUCUCCAAGAGAAAGCUGGAGUCCAACUGGAGCCGUUAUGAGGCUGCAGAGGAGAGUGAGCGGAGCGAGGAGCAGCCCACGCAGCGGGGAGCAGACUACCACGCUCUGCUUGCUUCAGCAGGUGAUUCCUACACACAAUUCCAGUUUGCUGAAGAGAAGGACUGGGAGCUGGAUUCACUGGCUAACAAUCAGAUGAGCAUCUUGUUCAUGGACGUCCAGGCCGUGGCUCAGUCCCUCCAGCUGCUCCCGCUCUGCCACAAACUGAACCUGGAGCCAGAACUUGUCCAGGUGACAAUGCCCUCAGAACUUCCCAUAAUGCCGCUGAAGGUCCGACAGGAGGCACGCAUGACGGAGCAGCUUAAGACCGCCGGCACCGCUCACCGAGGCUUUGCCAGGGGCCUGGCCUCUCCCACUGUGGCUGUGCCAGGCUCCCACAAAAUUCAAGGGCUUCCUCCAAACGGCACCUCUGCACCCGCAUCAGAACCAGAGGUUGCCGACGAGGAGCUGGAUUUCCUUCUGAGUUUACAGCAUCCUGCCACCAACAUGAAAAACAGCGAAGCAGAUUCCAAACAAACAGCGGACGUUCCAGAGCGACCUCCAGUAGGGGACACUCUUGUGGAGCCAGAGCCAGUGAAGAAGCCAGAUCAAACAGAAGAGGACCUGGAGGACUGGCUGGACAGUAUGAUCUCCUGAAUGCUGAGGAGGAGCCUUACUGAAGAGGGCACAUACCAAUGCAGUCCUGCCCUUCACAUCCUUGGCAUUUAUUCAAGCUUGACAUAUAACGUAGUUCUUCAUAUGGCUUAAGUAAUCGUGAUCAAAAGGGAUUUCUUGUAUGUAGAAUAUGCAUGUGUUGACUGCUCUCCUGUCAGAACUGCAUUGGGGCUUGAGAGAGAUCAUGAUACGCAGUCACAGGCAGAAUGUCGUAUGGGGAAUUUCAGCCAGCACGUCUCAGGAAAAGGCCCCUGGUUGCAGUUACGUGGGAUUUAAGAUGAUGCUGAGAGAGUACUGGACCUUCCUGGAAUGUCAAAUAUGUAGUAAAUUAUAGUCUAAGGCCUUAGACUGGGAUAUUUAAAUGUGUGCUAUGGCACAGCAUGUCUCACUGUGGUGGAUGAUGGUGGAUUUUGCAGUUCCAGAAUUGCUUUGCACUUCAGUAUCAUGUAUGUUGUGUUUUCACAUAUGGAACCAAAAUAGUGUUAAGUUCUAAUGUUAAAAAAAAAAAAAACUGAAUGUUACUUUUCUCUUAAGAAAAGUUGAACAAGCUUUAUUUUGCAUUUCAUUUCUUUUUCUUUUUUUUUUCUUUCUCCAAAGCAGUUUCCAUAAAGCAUUUAGUUUCAAUUCUAGUCAGAGGUAUGUGUGUUAGCGAGUUCGGACUCUGUGCCUGUGCUUGGAAGGUCACCAUAGAAACAUGCCAGGUGAUUUGCUUCUAGAACUCAUUAACCCAAUACCUUCUGUUUCAGCUUAUCAGGACAAAUGGUGACUAUUCUGACUAUUUAAUUAUAGACAGUUUUCAAUAUAUUAAAAUAAUACUUUGCUACUCA